AAUGGUUAGCUCAACUGAAGAGGAAUCCACUUCUGCUGGAGAAGCGGAUAGGUUUCCACAAGCUCAAGAAACAGAAGAAUUGACCUCAUCAGCUCGUGGUUCGGUUAGAGAAGAUGAAAGUGUAGAAGAUGAGGAAUCAACGCAUCAGGAAGGACAAAAUGAAAGUGGAGAAGAAAAUGCAGAAGAUGAGAAAUCAACGGAUGAACAAGAAGAAAAUGAAAGCAGAGAAGAAAGGGAAGAAGAAACAAAUCAUGUACUUUUCGAACAAAGAAAAAAAGUAUUACAUGAUGAGAAUGCUACCCCUUCAAAAUCAAAUUUUGCUGAUGACUCUGAUACUGAGUUUCCUGAAUGCAUCAAGUCCAUUGAUCUUACAAAAUAUAACUUCAAGACAUAUUAUUCCACGCACGGUGAUAUUCCGGGAAAGAUUUUUGUAAAGUCACCUCUAGGAGGAAAAGCAUUUCUUGAAUUUAGAGGACUUCUGGUAGAACAAGGUAUUUUAGAGGUGUUCAAAAAAAGUUGUUUUGGGCAUUUUAUAGAUAUUCCGAUGCAGCGGAUAAAUUUUGGAUCGAUGAUAGUUCAUGGUCUUCUACUCCGACGCAUUAUUUGUCAGAAAAAGUUAGAGCUAUGGUUUGAAUAUGAAAAUAUGCCUGUGUGUUUUGGAUUAAGGGAAUUUGCCUUGAUGACGGGACUACGAUGUCACCCUUUUCCUUCUGAAAAGGCAUUGGCUAGUCGGGUAAAGAAGGGUGAACCAUUAUGGGAAUUUGUUUCCAAGGAAGAAAAAACUGUUACUGCUAACCACCUCCUUGAAAAGAUCAAAUCACUUGAAACACCAAAAAAUUAUAAGUUUUCACUUGCCUUGGUUUGGUUCUAUCACUGCAUCUUAUGUGCAAGAGAUAUAUCAUCAAGUGUUGAUGCCGACAUGACCAAGCUAGCUUGCAAGCCCUCGGUCUUCAACGAAUAUCCAUGGGGCCUCAAAAGCUAUCUUUUGACUGUUGAGUAUCUUGCAAAACCAAUAAAAUCUGAAUACAACCUCUACGGCUUUCCAUGGGCAUUCUUGGCUUGGGCUUUUGAAGCUAUUCCGAAACUUCAACGAAAUGCUAAGAAUGUUCCCCCUGAGAGGACAUUGCCACGUAUGCUAAGGUGGAUGUCGUAUGGAGGCCUAAAAAAAUCUAUGGAUCCAUUCGGUACCACUGAAGAAAAUGUAGUGCAUCCUUUCUUAUUUCCUACAAAUGUAGAAAAAAAGGAAAAAUACAUGAAGGACCUUGAGCCAUUUUUCAGUGAGGAAGCUGAUGAAAAAAUUGAUAUGUUAAAAGCAGAAUUGAUUGGGGUGACAACAAUCACAACGGGUGAAGUAGGAGCUAGGGAAGUUGGUGGUGAGGAAAAGAUCCCAGUAAGGAGUGGCGCAGAGGAAAGGAGCCCGCAGAGUCCUUUAGUGAAUUCUGGUGACAAAUUUGUUGGUAGUCCAGCCAACUUUGAUUUUGGUGGUCAGUAUAGUGAAGCAGGAGUUGGUGCAGGAUCUUUUGGUGUUUGUCCUUCAAAUGCAAAGUGCUCCUGUGAAUGUCUCACUUGUGCAGAGAAACAAAGACAAUUGGAACUGAAAAUUUCUAAAAUGGAGGAGGAGUUCAAAGAAAUGGGAAAGUCUGUCAAACAACUUGUAGAAGAAUUAUCCACUUUGAAUAAAAAGCUCGAGCCUAGGAGGAUGUUAAGGAAUUCCAAAUACAUAAGAACUCCAUUUACAGCUGGUGCACAUAAAACGAAGAAGAGGAUAAGUGUGACAAAUCUUCUACCUGAUAUUUACAAGACUCUUGACAAUGAUAAGAGCAAGGAAAGAGUGGAACCAUAAACUAGGAAUGUGUUUGUUGGAUAAUUUUUGUUGAUGAAUUUGUGGUGGAUCUUUUUGUUAGACUUCUUAAUUAUUAAUAGUAGUUGUUUAUGCUA